AUGGCCUUCCCGCAGCUCGACCCCAAGAAUGGGCUCGCCUACGACUCGGAGGCGGUGAAAAAGUUGGGCGAGAGCCUGAAUGAUGCCAAGGAGAAGGAGGAGUACGGGAAGUUUGUGGAGUUCAUGAAGAAGUAGGUGAAUUUUCAGGGCAUUUGUGGGGGAAAUCUUCAAUUUUUGAGGGAUGGCCGGUUUGUCGGGAAAAUAAUGAGCACUCUGGGUAAAAGUUCCUUAUUUUGGCCACAACUUAUAUAAUAACUUUGCGGAAACUGGUCGGAAUUAGCCCAAAUUUAGCGUGCACGCUCAAUUCAUCGUUCUCAAUGCCCGGACGUGGAUUUAGUUAGUGAGGUACCUUCUUUUUUACGUACCAUCUUACCCUUCAAAAACGGCUGCAGCCUGUGAUUUUACACUUUAUACGAUGAAACAUGUCCGGAACUAAACUUUUUGCCUCCGUAUUUAACUAAAUGAGUCGUCACAGCCUUCGUAGGUACCCUUAAAACUAUAGAGCUAUUAUAGUAAUUCAGUACCAGCUAGGUCGAAGCGUUUUUUCCUAACUUUAGUGCCCAAGCUUGGGCGCAGUUCGCGAAGUACCUUUGUUGUGGCCAAAAUAACGAACUUUUUCCCUAAUUUUUUAUGGGAACUCUAGAGAGUACUACUAGUCGUAUACAACUGUUUUUUAUACCGCUGGUACAUUCUAAAUGGGUGUCAUCGUGACGCAUUUUCUGAACACGCAAUUUUUAGCCAAUUUGUUACAAAAAAACUACACUUUUUAUAGCCAUCUGAUCCCGCUCCCUCAAAAAAAUGUAUUUUUUUUUUGAAAUUCCCAAAAAAAUUUCUCUGCCCACGGCCAAAAAAAACUGUUUUUUGCACUUUAUUAUUUUCAAAUUUGCAAAAAUUUUUUUGAAAAAAAUUUUCUUUUGUUUGCAUUUCAAAAAAAAAUUUCAAAAUUUUGAAAAUUUUUUUUCAGAUACGACCGUAAAUAUGUGAACGAAGAGGAGCUGAAGAAGCGAUUUGGCGUGUUCCAGCAGUCGCUGGCAAGAGCGGCGGAACAGCAGAAGAAGGACACGGGAACCGCCGUGUACGGUCCCACAAAAUUCUCGGAUUACACUCUCGAGGAGUUCAAAAAGGUGCGAUUUUUUGAUGAAUUUCCGGAUUUUUCUCUAUUAUUGGGGAUUACAGUAGGAUUUUUGGUGACAAAUAUGUUUGCGAUAUGAUUUUUGAAGGCUUCAAAGUGCAACAUGGGGAUUUUGAACAUUUGUAGGAGAUUGAGCAAAAAUUUUUUGGGUUUAUAAGAGGGAUUGUAUUGAUAGUCGUUUCAUAAAGCGCGUAGAUUUUUCGUAGCAGCGCUUUUUGCAGUGUGCAAUUCAAAAAGCGACAAAAAUUGCACAGUACGACGAAAAAAGCAUUGUCGCCGCAAAAAAGUCUACGUACUUUAUGAAACGACUAGUAGUACGUUUGCAAAGUUGCUGAAGUGAUUUUGGCGACAUGCACUGUGCGAAGGUUAAGUUUGCACUGUGCAAUUCCUGGCUUUUUGCACCGUGCAAUAGACUUUUUUCGACUGUCGCUCGCACCCCGAUCUUUCUUUGCAUAGUGCUAGUCGCUAAGAUCACUCCAGCGACUUUGCAAACAGGCUACUAAUCGUUCCCGAAAGUGUGUAGGCUUUUUUCGCGGCGCACAGUGCUUUUUUUCUCUUUUUGCACUGUGCAAUUGUUGUUGCACGUCGAUUGCGACGAAAAGUCUACGCAUUUUCUGCAACGACAAGUAUCAGUCUGUCGGGAAAAUAAUGAACACUCUGUCGCAUCGAAAGCAGCAUCGCCGCCGAGAAAAUUAAUUGGGUCGUGACAAAAUCAAAUUGCUUUUGACUUCAGCGACGCGUUUGGCGCAGCAACAGAAUUUUUAUUAUUUUCCCGACAGAAUAACUCUGUAAAAAGUGAUUGUUUUUGAUCUAAUCGAUAAACACGGUCUUUUCAGAUGAACGGCGCCCGUCCACCAAAGUAA